CAGUCCCAUCCGCGCGUCAGAGACACAUCUCUGCUGUACUGUGUGUGUGUUAGUCACUUCACUUGCGAAAGGGUACACUAUCUAUUAUUCCAUAACAAUUGCGGAACUUGUUCCGUCUUUUCUUUAUUUCCGGUGUAGUUACCUUUAAGGGCAUUUCAACUAGUUUAGCUGUUUGUUGUUGUUGUUUUUUUUAAGGAGACGAAAACAUUUCCCCAAUGAGUAGUAACUGUGAAAACAGUGCUGUCGGGUUCGCUGCUGCAGGCGGACAGGAAGAGCUGGACUUUCCUUUCCCUCUGUUCCUUUACGGACAAAUUGGAAAUGACAUUCCACCUGAUGACCAAGAUGAACUUGAUGCUCUGUCACACCUCGAUGCUAAUCCACCCUCGUCCAAUAUCGACCAGGCCCAUGCUCCAUACAGCGAUCUGUCCCUCCAUCAGCCUUCCUAUAAUCCUCCAACUUCUGAGGACCUCCUCACUUGUCAUCACCCUGAUCUGCGAGAUCUUCUCAGUCACUCGCUCUCAUUGCAGGCUAGCCCCCGCAUUGAGAUCACCUGCUCAGAGCUACACCACCAGCACCGUGAGCAUGUCCAAACAGCACCAGUGGAUAUUAGUCGGCGUCUGGCUGUGCCUCCGUACCAGAACCUGCUCUACAGGGAGAACCUGAGCCCGGCAAGCAGCACUUCCUCCAGCUGGCACUCGGAAGUGUGUUCACCCCAGCCCUCACCAUGUGUUUCUCCCAGUGCUUCAGGAGCUGGAGGUUUAGCUGCCAUGACCGUGGCUGAUUUGUGCCCAAGGCUCCAGGCCAUCCAUGCAUCCGGUUCACCCCGUACUUCUCCAACUACAUCCCCACGCACCAGCAUCACUGAGGAGACUUUCCUGAACUGCAGGCCUUCAUCUGCGUCCUCCUCACGGCCAGGUUCGCGCUCCACUUCUCCUCAGGGAAAACGCACUUACGAGCAAUACCAGAACCCUGCCUUGGUUCCCCCACGCUCCCGAAGCCCCUCUCCUCAUGCAGUGCGAGAGGAGUUGGUUGAACCUUGUAGACCAACAGCUAACCUUGACGAAUUUGUAGACAACUUCAGCAGGCACCUCGCUAAACCAGUGCCCACAAAGAUUGGACGGCCUAAUCAGGAGUACUUGGUCUACAGCCAAACAGAGCAUGCUGUGUUCCCUGAAGUGAAGAGGGAGCCUGUAAUGGAUCCAAUAUAUGUCAUGCCAUCCAUCGGUUGGCCUAAUCAGAUGACCACAGCCAUGUGCAGCAUGUCGUUGGCGUCCCUGCCUGCUCUGGAGUGGACGCUUCCCAGCAGCACAGAACAGUACGAGUUGAGAAUAGAGGUUCAGCCCAGACAGCACCACAGAGCCCACUAUGAGACUGAAGGCAGCAGAGGUGCUGUUAAAGCAGUGUCAGGAGGACAUCCUGUGGUUCAGUUGCACGGGUACAGUGGGCGAGACGCUCUGGCACUGCAGGUCUUCAUUGGAACGGCUGAUGAGAGAGCCGUGAGGCCACAUGCCUUUUACCAGGUCCACCGCAUCACUGGCAAAACUGUCACCACUAGCAGCCAUGAGAGAAUAGUCAAUGGAACCAAGGUUCUGGAGCUGCCGCUGGAAUCCAAAGACAACAUGAGGGCAGUUGUGGAUUGUGCCGGGAUACUGAAGCUGAAGAAUGCUGAUAUUGAGCUGCGGAAAGGUGAGACAGACGUGGGGCGCAAGAACACACGUGUGCGGCUGGUCUUUCGUGUCCAUGUACCUCAGCCUGGAGGCCAGUGGCUUUCUCUCCAAGUGGCCUCACAACCCAUCGAGUGCUCUCAGAGAUCUGCACAUGAACAUCCAGCCGUGGAGAGGCAGGAUUUGGACCGCUGUUCUGUGCUAGGCGGACUGCAGAUGAUCCUGACUGGUCAAAAUUUCACCUCUGAGUCCAGAGUGCUGUUCACUGAAAAAACCCAAGAUGGAUUGGAGGUAUGGGAGAUGGAAGCUACAGUCAACAGAGACAAAAGUCAUGCAAACAUGCUGUAUGUGGAAAUUCCUCCAUAUCGAGACCCCAACAUCUACCAUCCAGCUAAAGUCAACUUCUAUGUGCUGAAUGGGAAGAGGAAGCGUAGUCAGCCUCAACACUUCACCUACAUGCCUCACCCAGUUCCACUGAUAAAAGCCGAGCCGGUGGAUGAGUACCAGUAUGGACAGCUUGGCUGCAGUGUCUCCCAGGUCUUAGGUGUCUCUCCACAAUCGUGCCAUCACACUGCCCAGCUACCUACCAGCUGCUGUGCUAUGCCAUGCCAGGUUUCCCAGAGAACCAGCAGCCCUACCCUGUACCCUCCAGCCUCAGAGUACCAGCUCCAUCAGCCUUCAGCCCUCUACCAGAGCCAGGUAGAAGCCCUCAGCAGCAGUCCUGGCCACUACCAGCCUCCCCUGGAUCACCCUGCAUCUGGAGUGCAACCCAUCUGCUCAGGUCAGGCAUCCGCCAUAGGGCCAAAUCCAGGCUCUCAUCUCAAACCCAGCAGUUACCAGCACAUCAUAGCUGGACACAGCUACCAGGCUGGUGUCUCUGUGUUUCCAGGCCUGGAUGUAGCCAAUCAGAGAAGCUUUGUUCAGAGAGCAGCCCCUUCAGUGCAGAGCUACAACCAGCGGCAGCCUGUGGAGCAUCAGAGAACUAGCAGUCCUGUAAGAGUUAAGCAGGAGAAUCUGGACCAAGCUUACCUGGAUGAUGGUGAGGAGCUAAUUUUGUGAACGAAGUGAUCAGAAAAGAUCUGACCGUUCAUCCCAAUGAUCAGUGAUGGCUAGAUCUGAAACUCAGCGAGAGUCUUCUUUAAAGUGACAGCCAGGACUUCUGGACAACUCAUCAGCCUCCACGUCUGCACAGAUUCUUUAUGUCAUAUCAGAGUGUUUUUAAAGGGAUGGUGAUAAUUGUUAAUUAUAUUAAUGAUUGCUGAUUGCAUAUUUCUGAUGAUCACGUAACCAGUAAGGAGUCAGGAAAAACAGAUUAGCUUUAAAUUCCAUGUAAUGCGAACAAAAAUAUUUUGUCUUGGGACCCACAUACAAGUUAGCAUCUACAACCAGUUUUGAAUUAGGUGAUUAAUUAGGGGGAGCCACUAGCUCCCUUAGAUAAUGCAGAGGAUAGCCAGUGAAUAAAGGAUACCAAAUAUCUGACCAUAAUUACAAUAGCAAAUCUGAAUUACUUGUUCAACAGAAAUUUGUCAGAUGAGCUUUCUUCUUAUUUACUGUUGCAUAGCGAUAUGCAGAUAUACAAUUUCGAGUGCUAGCUCCAACAAGAACCGUCAUAGAGAAGAACGUGAUUAGUAAAUUGUGUCAUUGACUAGAGUAUUUGAUUUGUAGCAGGUACAUUUAACAAACAAUAAUGUAUAGCUUUAGACCUUGCUACAACUAGGCAAAAGCUCAAGUGAAAAGGUUAGCUAGGCAGAUACAGUAAUGUUAGUUAGCUAUUUUUGCUAUUUGAGGCUGAGAGAAUUAACAACUUGUCCUUUUUUGUCUGGAGUAUAGGUGGAAUUGCAGUUUUCAGAAUUUUGCAUGGUGGUUAUCCCAAUAACUCUUUUUAGCUUUUUAGAUUUAGAUAGUCUUUCCAGUUUGUGUAAGUCUUUGCUACAUAUACAAUGGAUAUUGUAUAUUGUAUAUGUGAAAAGGCUGCAUACCGUGUUAAAUUGGCAGGUUUUUGUGAUGAAAAACAAUUAAACUAAGAUAAAGCAUGUCAGAACUUUUUCCACCCUCACUGUGAAAUUGCAAUGUAUAAACAUUACAGUGCUAUGAAAAAGUAUUUGCCCCAUCAUGAUUUCUUCUGUUUUUGUGUUUCUCUCAUAUUAAAAUUGUUUUAUCUAAGAUAAAACAAAAGCAACCCGAGUAAACGCAAAAUACAGUUUUUAAAUGAUAAUGUUAUUUAUUGAAGCAAAAAGUUAUCCAAUACCAACUGGGCCUGUAGUUACUCCCCAAAUCUAGGAAAGUGCACUCAUAAUGGGUUUCAGCUGGACUAGACGCAACCAGACCUGAUUACUGCAAACUCUGUUCAAUCAGAUCGGCACUUAAAUAGAACUUUUUCAGCAGCAUGAAGUUGGUUAAAAGGUCUUACCCAGUAACACACUAUGACAAAGUGGAAAGAAAUUCCAGAAAGGAUGAGGAAGAAGGUGAUUGAAAUACAUCAGUCUGGGAAUGGUUACAAAGCUAUUUCAAAGGUUCUGGGACUCCAAAGAACCACCGUGAGAGCCGUUAUCUCCAAAUGGAAAAAUUCAGUGCAUUAGUGAACCUUUCCAGAAGUGGCCGACCUUCAAAAUUCCUCCCAAGAGCACAGCAACGACUCAUCCAGGAAGUCACAAAAGAGCCACGGACAACAUCAAAGGACCUACAGGCCUCUCUUGCAUCAAUAACGGUCAGUGUUCAUGACUCCACUUUCAGAAAGACACUGGGCAAAAAUGGCAUGAAAGCAACUGCUACAUUAACAUUAAGGCUGUUCUGAAUUUUGUGGAUGAUCCUCAAACCUUUUUUGAGAAUGUUCUCUGGCCUGAUGUGUCAAAACUGGAACUGUUUGGAAGACAGGGGUCCCGUUACAUCUGGUGUAAACCAAACACAGAAUUCCACAAAAAGAACAUGGUGGUGGGAGUGUGAUGGUGUGGGGAUGCUUUGCUACUUCAGGGCCUAGGAUAACUUGCAAUAAUUUAGGAAAACAUGAAUUAUACUCUCUACCAGAAAAUCCUAAAGGAGAAUAUCCAGUCUUCAGUCCAUAAGUUGAAACUCAAGCGCAACUGGAUUAUGCAGCAAGACAAUGAUCCAAAACAUAGUAGUAAGUCCACCUCUGAAUAGUCAAAAGUCUUGACUUGAGACAAUUGAGAUGCUGUGGCAGGACUUUAAACAGGCAGUUCAUGCUCGAAAACCCCCCAGUGUGGCUGAACUAAAGCAGUUCUGCAAAGAAGCGUGGGCCAAAAUUCCGCCACAGUGCUAUGAAAGACUGAUCUCCAGAUAUCAGAAGCGUUUGAUUGCAGUUAUUGCUACUAAAGGUGGCACAAGCAGAUUUUAAGUUUAAGGGGCAAUUAGUUUUUCACAUUGGUGAUAGGUGUUCGAUAAAUUUUAUGGCUUCAUUAAAAAAAUGUAAUAAUAAAAACUGUAUUGUGUUUACUCAGGUUCCCGUUGUUUUUUUUUUUGUAUUUCCUUUGAAGAUGUAAAACUCAUCAUUAUGAGAUAAACACAGAAACAGAAGAAAUCAAAUACUUUUUCACAGCACUGUAAGUGACAAACAAUCAGAAACAUUUUAGGGGAAAAUAGGAAAAGUAAAAAAGUUAACAAUAACCCAUAAAUGUGCAUAAGUGUGCACACCAUUUUAUAAUUGGGGAUGUGGCUGUGUUCAGAAUGAACCAAUCACAUUCAAUCUCAUGUAGGACAAGUUCUUGGUUUCAACUGACUGCUGAAGCCACGGUCCACAAAGCGCUUACAGAGUCUGUACGGUAUCUCACUUGUUGAAAGAUAUCAAUCAGGAGAGGAGUAUAAAAGAAUUUCCAAAAAAUUAGAUGUUCCAUGUACCAUGAAGGCCAUCAUCAACAAACAGAGAAAAUGGAGCACCACAGUGACAUUACCAAAAACAGGAUGUCCCUCCAAAAUUUACUAAACAAGACAAAAACUUACUAGGGAGGCUCAACUAAAUCACCUGAAACCAUGUGGGAAAAUUUCAUAAGGUAUAAUAAUUUCAUAAUUCUGAAAAUUAUAUUGGAUGCACAUCACCAAUAGAACACCAUACCCACGUUGAAGCAUGGUGGUGGCAGCAUCAUACUUUAAGGCUGCUUUUCUUCAGCCAGAACUGGGGCGGAGGGAUCUUGGUGGAGGGAAUCAUGAAUAGCUACAAGUACCAGACAAUUUUAGUGCCAAACAUUGAGGCGUCUGCUAGUAAACUGAAGAUGAAAAGAUGAAUUUCACCUUUCAGCACAACAAUGACCCAAGGCAUACAUCCAAAUCAACAGAGGAAUGGCUUAACCAAAAGAUCAAUGUUUUUGAAUGGCCUAUCCAGAGCCCAGAUCUGAAUACUACUAAAAAGCUGUGGGCUAACCUGAAGGGGGCUGUACACAGGAGAUGCCCUCACAAUUUGACAGAUAGAGAACGUUUUCGCAAGAACGAGUGGCGAAAAUAUUACCAAGUCAAGAUGUGCCAUGAUGAUAGACUCUUACCCAAAAAGCCUGAGUGGUGUAAUAAAAUCAAAAGGUGCUUCAACAAGGUAUUAGUUUAAGGGUGUGCACACAUGCAACCAGGUUAUUGUAACUUUUUUAUUUGAUUAUUUUUUCCCCCCUAUAAAGGUUUCUGAUUUUCACUUUAUUUGUAUACUUUGCAACUGCACAUUAAAGGUGGGAAAAGAUCUGACAUGAUUGAGCUUAGUGUCCUUUUAUUUCACAAAAAAUCUGACAUUUUAACAGGGGUGUGUAGACAUUUUAUAUCCAUCCUAUGUGUGAAUAUCCAUAAUUUUCCUCUGCCAUGUUAGCUUUUCCUAUAGCUGCUAACAACUAUUUUUUAGACAGUUGUGGAAAACAGCACCUUUAGUUCUCAGGUAUGCUGCACUCUGCUAGUAGUGAAAUUAAAUGAACAGUACGAGGUACAAGCACUAUACGACUAAUGCUAGCUACCACUCAGGAUCAGGUGCUCACCAAGAGAUUUCCUGUUAAUUGUAUGUCAUGUAUAUGUGUAAUGCAUCCUGGGUGUUGACAGAAAUAUUGAUGGACAUAAAAGAGACAGUGAUACAAAAUUGAGGUGCAAUUCCAUGCUACAGAAUACUACAAAACCAUGACAAAUAAUAUUACACGAGUUUUAUGCCAUAAUGCUCUUUUAGUUAGUAGUUAUUUUCUACAAUUGCCAUUCUGUUUUAAUGGACUUUCUAACUAAGAGAAAGUACAACUAUAAAAUAUCAUUCAGUUGAAAUUUUAACCCUGAUAUCUUAUUUCACAGAUGUUAUUUUGCAAUGCUUAGGAUGAGUGCCCAUUUUUGAAUAUGUAUUUAUGAUUGUACAUUGAAUGCAAAUAAAAUUAUCUGUAUUAUAUAAAUACUAA